ACGCUUGACGGCUUAAUGUUGAUAGUUGAUAAUUUGAUAUUGAUUUAUUGAAUUAUUGAUGCGCUGCUUUGGCCACAGAACACUGUUACUCCUCUUUGGCGCUACAUAACAAGAGCAAACAAGAGUAGUACAAAAUGCCUGUCAAAAAUAUUAAUAAUUUGUGAAUUAGUUCCUAAUUAUUCGUUUAGCAUUUUAAUUAACAAUGUGUUGUGUUAAUACAUUUUGAUAUUUAUUUAUUAUAACAAAGGAAAAAUGAAGCGAUAUUUACACAAUAUUCAUCAAGUCCACAUAGCGGACGGCUUUUCAAACGACUGUGAUGAAUUAAUUCAUAGAUGCUUACAAUUGCAAACACUGAAUUAUGAAGCAUUUUGUAAUAUUUGGAAGGAUAUGAAUUUUGGAAUGAUUUAUGUAGGUAGAAACUCUGGUGCUGAAAUAGCUGAAUUAUCUGAGGAAGUUAUUUAUAUAGCUAAAAGUUAUAUGGUUAAGGACACUGAUAAUUUUGAGGAAUCCGUAGCAGGAGUGUUUCUUGUAUACGGUCUCUUGACCCUCCAACCAUUUCGAGGCUUUGCAUUGCUUCGUAUAGUACCUGAUAACGUGCCAUGUAUAAAUAGAAUUGAAUUCAUCGCUCGAAGGGAGCGUAGAUUAGAUGUGCUCUAUAUAUUGGGAGAGAUUCUAAUUAAGCACAGCCAGUAUCAUGCUGUGGAACGCGACAGAGGAAUGGAGUCUGUGUUGAGGAAGUAUUUGGAAGGAUACACAAGCAUUGAUAAACUAGGCGUCAGGCCUCGGGGAGUUUUUUUUAGACAGAAUGAGGAAUUGGACAUUAUAAGGGACCUCGGAUCGAUAACCAGGCAGUACGCUCGAGCGAAAACUUCACUUAUUGGUCACAGUCAAGGAGAUUCAAGCUUGCAGUACAUAAACGAGAACCUGCCAGCCGAGCUGAGCAUAUCACUGAGAAAAAUCAUCAACGGCAUAAUUGACACUGAACCGAAUGAUGACGAGGAUAAUGAUGAUGGUGUCGAGGAAGAGUCUACAAUACAACACUACGAUGCCGUACAAGCCAUAAAAAUGAAGGCUAUGGCCAAUACCGUAAACCCUAUACAACACCUCAAUGGAAUUGAAGAGAGAAAACAACUAAACAAAAGUCCAAAGAAGAAAAGCGAUCUCAAGGCACCAACCGGUAAAAUUAAAUCAGGCAGUCCAACCAAACCAAUCACAAAUUCUAGAAAACGAAAAACCGAACCAAAAACGAGAAAGAGGAAACGAAAAGAAACCAAAAACCUUGAAAAAACAAAAGAAGAAAUAAUAGACGCGUCUGUUGAUCUUAAUGUUGAGGAUUUCCAAAAAGGUAAAGCAUUUGAUGGAUCACUGGAAAAUAAUAUCAGAAUAGAUGAAAGGGAGCUAAAAAUGGAAUCAUUACCUUCUAAAAUACAAACAGAAGACCACGGACAAUUGAUUGAAAUAGAAAUAAUAGACAAUGUACCUGAGAAAGAUGUAAAUAAAAAUAAUAAUAGUAACAUUAAUGAAACUAAAACAUUUGAUGGAUCACUGGAAAAUAAUAUCAGAAUAGAUGAAAGAGAGUUAAGAAUGGAAUCAUUACCUUCUAAAAUACAAACAGAGAACCACGGACGACUGAUUGAAAUAGAAAUAAUAGACAAUGUACCUGAGAAAGAUGUAAAUGAAAAAAAUAAUACUAGCAUUGAUGAAAUUAGUGAAGAUGAUACAAAUACCCUAACACCUAGUAAGAGAAAACGUAAUACAAUAAUAAAGAAAAGAGGUUACAAACGCACAAAAUUAAAGUCUAAGUUUAAAAAGAUGGGUAUGUUGCCCGUUGCUAAUUUUAAGGAACAGAAUUAAUGAUCUCAUCAAAACUUAGAAUUUACGUUUCAAUAAUGUUGUUUCACAGUAUUAAUGUGUACAUUGAUGGUCCAAUAAAGGCCGGUUCCUAUAUUCAAGAAACUGUACGUUUUGCCAAGAAAGUUUAGAGUUCGAAUUAUCUUAACCUAAUUUACUUUAUUUUUACAGGAUUUAUUUAAAAUGUAUAAAUAAAAAAACUUUUUU